AUGCACUCGCUAUUCUUGGCCCUGCUGGGGCUCUCCGGCUCCGCCCUGUCGGCGCAACCCGCCGCUCCCAACCCCAUUCCGGCCCCGAUGAGGAAUCUCACCUUUGGUCAGCUUAAUUUCCUCCAUACAACUGAUACACAUGGCUGGCUUGCUGGUCAUCUUCGAGAAGCUUCAUACGCCGCCGACUGGGGAGACUACAUCUCAUUCGCCAAUCAUAUACGUGAAAAAGUCGAAGCCGAGGGACAUGAUUUACUGCUCAUAGACACCGGCGACAGGAUAGAAGGAAACGGUCUCUACGACAGCUCGGAGCCAAAGGGACUCUAUACCGCGGACAUCUUCAAGCAACAACGUAUCGACGUCAUCUGCUCCGGCAACCAUGAGCUGUAUCAAAAGAACUCAUCCGUAGAUGAGUACCUAAUCACAGUCCCCAAUUUUAAAGGCAACUAUCUCGCCUCUAAUAUCGAUAUCACGAAUCCCCACUCGGGAGAGCGCGUCCCCCUCGCCCCGCGUUUCAAGAAGUUCACCACAGAAAAGCAGGGCAUACGCAUCGUAGCGUUUGGCUUCUUAUUCGAUUUCAAACAAAACUAUAAUAAUACCGUCGUACAACUCGUGGAAGACACCGUCAAGGAACAAUGGUUCCAAGACGCCAUUCGCGACAAAGAGGUCGACCUCUUCCUCGUCAUUGGACAUGUUCCUGCCGAAUCGAAGGAAUUCUUAGCCAUCUACAAAGCGAUCCGUGGCAUGCAUUGGGACACCCCGAUCCAGUUCUUCGGAGGCCAUCACCAUAUCCGAGACUAUAUCAAGUACGACGAGAAGGCAUAUGGAAUGGCCAGUGGCCGGUUCAUGGAAACAAUCGGCUUCGCUUCCAUCAGCGGCUUAUCCACAGGAAACAAGAAGUCACCGUCCGCCGCAGCCACCCCAUCCUUCACCCGCAAAUACAUUGAUAAUAACCUCUGGUCCUUCUACCACCAUACCGGCCUCAACGAAACCACCUUCCUACAGAACAUGGCAAGAAAGUUUCAAAAUGAUCGAAGAGGCUCGCCACGCCCUAAACCUCGACCACAUCUACGGCUGCUCGCCCAACGACCUGUGGAUGUCGCGCGUGCCAUACCCGCACAACGAAAGUAUAUAUUCCUGGCUAGAGACGCAGGUUUUGCCGGACAGCUUUCGUCCCAGCACUACGCGCUAACAAGACCGGGCCCCUUCACGCAAGAUUCGGCCUACAUCCUAUCGCCCUUCAUAUCCGGCUUCCGCUACGCCAAGGACGUGCCGUAUAGCAAAGCGAAGCAGGUCCUGGAGGUCCUAAAUCGGCAGAUGAAAAUCCUCGCAGCCAUGCCGCAGUCGACCGUGUCGGCAUCCUCGUUCCUCUCCCCGCCCGAGCAGCAGAGGAUAGCUCAUGAUGUCAUCGUUAACGACGACGGGAACGGCCGGCACCACGCAGGAAAAAUCCAGCUAUCUGCGCCAGGUCAAAUCCCACUCUCCUCGCCUAGAAACGACGAUGACAAUGAUGACGAUGAUGACAACAAGAAACCAAUCCUCACCGACAUCCCGGGCUACACCACCAAAGACGACGCCGGCGACGACGGCGACGACACAAUCCACUCCCCCAUAAACUUCUACCGCAUGCCGAACUGCUUCUCAGCUCUUAUCCCCCCCUCCGCAUCCUCAUCCCCGUCCUCAUCCCCAUCCUGGUCCACAUCCACAGACGUAAAAGCCCACACGGCAGACCCAGAAACCGUCGACCUCGUCUACGUCGACUUCAUUGAGCCAUGGAUGGAUCUGGCGUUUCAGUACGUGGGCCAUGCCAUUGAUAUUCGGAGGGAUACAGAGGUUAUUUUGGCGGGGGAGACGUUGACGACUAUUAUUGUUCGGUGGGUGGAGGAGAAUUGGAAGUGUAAGUAA